ACGCUGCGUAGCCACGCUCGGCCGGAGUUGGCGGGUACGAAGGAGRCACUGGAUGGCUUUUGUCUGUAGCUUUACGCUUAAAUGAGAAGAGAGUAUUUUUAAAAUAGAUUUUACAAGCUGAUAUUUAUAUAAGAUAAGCACUAAAAUUGUUUAGAUAAACCAUUGGUAUCCAUUUAAUAACAUUUACUACAUUUCCGACCAUUCAUUCAUUSGAGUCAAUUCUCUGUAAAGCUCUGUUGACUAGGAACCCACUGGUUCCACUGCCUUCUCCCAGUCUGAAAAUGAGUGAGCCUACUGCUACCGCUACAGAAGCCCCUAGCGAUGUGAUCCCCAGUGUUACCACUGGUGUUACCACUGAAGGUGUAGAUCAACUUCCUACUAAUGCAAACGAGCCGCCCAAGGAAGAGGUCAAGUUGGUGGCAACAGCAGGCAAGAAGCAGACCAAGAAGAAGGUGGAAGAGGUGGUAGAGGAAGAGGAGGAGGAAUAUGUGGUGGAGAAGGUGCUGGACCGACGGGUGGUAAAGGGACGCGUUGAGUUUCUGCUCAAAUGGAAAGGCUUCUCAGAUGAGGACAAUACAUGGGAACCGCAGGACAACCUGGAUUGCCCUGACCUGAUUGCUGAGUACAUGCAGAAUCAUCAUAACAAAAAAGAAAGUUACAAGAAAGAGUCUGGUGGCAAGAGGAAAGCUGGUGAGUCUGACACAGAGGCAGGGGGUGAAGAAGGCAGGCCCAAGAAGAGGAAAGAUGAGGCAGAGAAGCCCAGAGGCUUUGCUCGUGGACUUGACCCCGAACGGAUCAUUGGAGCCACAGACUCCAGUGGAGAGCUGAUGUUCCUCAUGAAAUGGAAGAACAGUGAUGAGGCGGACCUGGUGCCGGCCAAGGAGGCAAACAUUAAAUGUCCACAGGUGGUCAUAUCCUUCUACGAGGAGCGUCUGACAUGGCACUCCUACCCCACCGAGGAGGAAGAGAAGAAGGAUGAUAAGAACUAGCCACAGGUCCAGGAUGAAGGGGAAGGGGGUACAGAGGGUGGGGUUUAGAGUGGUGGGGAGGGACAGAGAAGCUGAUUUGUUUCAAAAGCUUCAUUCUGCAAACCCGGACUGUUGAAACUAAAACAGAGGUUGACAGAUGGGUAGGGAUGAUGGGAAGACUUGUCAAGGAGGUGGGUUGGGGGGCAUGGGUAAAUAGAACUCGUAAGUCUCAAGAUCACUUUAUCAGGCCUCACCAGCUAGGACCAUGGGAUAUGUAGUUUUCAGUCCCUGAGCACUGAAUUGCUUUAAAAUCACCAGCUCCUCUUACUGUAGCUUCGCCUCAGAAAAGCUUUUGUCGAGAUGAUACACUUUUGAGUGAGCGAGGUAUCACUACAGCAGCUGAGUUUACAAAAUAGAAGGGUCAGAUUCCAAAACAUGAUCCAGCAAACGUUCUCAGCUAAUUCAAUUGAAAUAGCCAAUCUUAAUUUCCAGUUUUCCUGCGUGAAAUGUCGAAGUUGAUUUCUAGUCAGAACAUUAUCUUGUACCGACACAUCCCUCAUCGAGCAACUUGCAGUGCUUUUUGUUUCUCUUUCGACUUUUUCAGAAACUCUGUUUUAAGUGUUGGCACCUGCCCUCCCUUGCCAUAUCAUUAUCAUAUAAUGUGUAAAUAGUUGUGGUUUUAUUUGGUUAUGAGAGCGAUCUAAGAAGUGUUUUGGCUGUUCAGACUGGAGUUAACCUAGAUUCUGGUCUUUAAGUGUUACGCAUAGGUGUAUAGAGUUGUGAACAAUGGUGUGGAGCAGGGUUUCCGUUAGGAAAAUGUGGUGCUGGACAUUUGACUGGCAGCAUUUUAAUUUACCGGACAUUUGAGACAUUUUCCCGACCCAUAUACAUUGUGUGMGUAACCUGAUUAGGGCUUACAGCCAUGGUGCUCCGUAUGAUAGAAAUKACUUUUACAUUAUGGUAAUUCAUCUAAAAAGAACAUGCAAAUCGAGGAUGCAACGGCGUGCGUCCCUACCGUAUUCCAAUGCGCACUUUGAAGAUGUUAGAACAACUGUCCACAUGUACUUUUCCUCAGC